AUGGGUCGAAUCUUCAUCGAGAAUCACGGUGGUACAAGAGUUGUCGUUUGCCGCUUUUGCAAAACUUAUCUCACAAAUCGAAGCGAAUUAAUUUCAAGCAGAUUCCAAGGAUCUUCUGGACGUGCGAUGUUGUUUCAUCGUGCUUGGAAUCUUGACUAUUCAGAAGCCCAGCACAGAGAUAUGAUGACUGGGAAACAUAUUGUUCGUGAUGUGAUGUGUAGAAUAUGCCAUAAGAAAGUUGGCUGGAUGUAUGAAUUUGCUAUGGAGGAGUCUCAACGUUAUAAAGAAGCACGAGUGAUUCUUGAGAAAGCACUCAUAGAUGAGGAAGAUGGGUUUCCCGAUCCUGCUGGAGCACUUGAAACUCACGAGCAACCACCUUCAUCACCGAAAUUCGAAACUUUUGGCGGUCGUCGAGGUAUUCGUUUAACGGGCCUUUCGAGGUCUGACUCAGGUCUUUCUAACAGAACUUCGACAAUACAAGCGUCUGCAACAGUGGCUGAGUCACCGUAG